AUGUCUCAAGGCCACGCGGACCUACAUUUGCACAUUCCAAACUUGGACAUAUCAUCUCUGCAAAAUCCUUUACCUGCAUCGACCAUUAUCGUAUCCUCAUACGGCAUCAUCUACCGUUUGGAGCCCGUUGGCUUAUAUUCGGUUGUUGACAUGUCCGACGUCGGCACCGAGGAAGAACGCUUCUAUACCGCAAACAAUACCCGCAACGAGAGCUUCGCUUCCGAGUUCCUCAGUCCUUAUGAUACGAUCGAAACCUCCGAGGAUGUUCUCUUCACGGGUCGCCCUUCUCUGAACACCGCCAUUCAGUCAUCUCAAAACGAAGCAUUAGGUCGCCACUGGCUCGACAAGCAACGGAGAACGUUCAACCUGACUCCUCGGCCGAGGAACACUAUUUUAUGCAGCCUCGUCUGCAAUGGCCAACCUGAGGACUGCGUCUAG